AUGGAGGAGCCCGAGGAAGGCGAGCUCUGGGGCCAGCUCCUCCGCCUGGGUGCAGAGGAGGGCGAGCCGCACAUCCUGUUGUGGAAACGGGAGUGGACCAUCGGGCGGAGAAGAGGUUGUGACCUUUCAUUCCCUGGCAACAAGUUGGUCUCUGGAGAUCACUGUAAGAUCACAGUGGAUGAAAAGUCUGGUCAGGUGUUGCUGCAAGAUACCAGUACCAACGGGACGGUGAUUAACAAGCUGAAGAUCGUCAAGAAGCAGACGUGUCCUUUGCAGACGGGCGACGUCAUCUACGUGGUGUAUAGGAAGAAUGAGCCAGAGCACAAUGUGGCAUACCUCUACGAAUCUUUAAAGGAGAAGCCAGGCAUCACUCGGGACUCCUCUGAAGCAAAUAAGGAAAAUGUGUUUCUUGUGACCAAAGAUACCUCAGGAGCAGGGAGUGGUGGUGUUGCCUGGGCCCCGCCCCCGCCAUCCACCACCCCAGCGUGCUUUGAGGAACCACAGCCAUCGACAUCCACAUCAGACCUCUUCCACACGGCCUCUACCUCGUCCACGGAGCCUCCGUCUGCCUCUGUGGGGCAGGAGCUCCCCUCUGAGCCUGGGCCUGGAGCAGCAGGCCUCCCUGCACAGAGAGGUGGCGCUGCCGUGGCAGACGAGGAAGCCACCAGCUUUGUGUCUACACUCCCCGGCAAAGAGGGCUCGGCCACAUCUUUGUUGGAGCUGCAGGAUCAGGAGGACUGGGAACCCUUGAGAAAGAAGAUGAAAGGAGACGGGGAACAACCUGGUCCGAGUCCUCAGCUGCGUAUGCCAGACCUCUGUCAGGACGUCCCAGCCGGCCGAGAAGACGGCCGUGCUGCAGCUGUGAAACCGGACAAGAUGGAGGAGACACUCACCUGCAUCAUCUGUCAGGAGCUGCUGCACGACUGUGUGAGCCUGCAGCCCUGCAUGCACACCUUCUGCGCGGCCUGCUACUCAGGCUGGAUGGAGCGCUCGUCGCUGUGCCCCACGUGCCGCUGCCUGGUGGAGCGCAUCUGCAAGAACCACAUCCUCAACAACCUGGUGGAGGCCUACCUCACCCAGCACCCAGACAAGGGCCGCUCCGAGGAGGACGUGCGGAGCAUGGAUGCCAGGAACAAGAUCACUCAGGACAUGCUGCAGCCCAAGGUCAGGAGGUCGUUCUCCGACGAAGAGGGCAGCUCAGAGGACCUCUUGGAGCUGUCCGAUGUGGACAGUGAGUCCUCGGACAUCAGUCAGCCGUACAUUGUGUGCAGACAGUGCCCAGAGUCUAGGAGACAGACACAACAGCUGCCCUGCUUGGGGCCAGAGAGCGAACAGGGGACCCCACAGGCCCUUGGGGAUGCCCCGUCCACUUCAGCCAGCCUCCCGGCAGCGACCCAGGACUAUGUGUGCCCGGCGCAGGGGAGCCAUGCCGUCUGCACCUGCUGCUUCCAGCCCAUGCCCGACCGCAGAGCGGAGCGCGAGCAGGACCCCCGAGUGGCCCCCCAGCAGUGUGCGUCCUGCCUGCAGCCCUUCUGCCAUCUGUACUGGGGCUGUGCCCGUGUCGGCUGCUUCGGCUGCCUGGCCCCACUCUGUGAGCUCAACCUUGGGGAAAAGUGUCUGGAUGGUGUGCUGAACAACAACAACUACGAGUCGGACAUCCUCAAGAAUUACCUGGCAGCUCGGGGCCUGACGUGGAAGAGCCUGCUGACUGACAGCCUGGUGGCCCUGCAGAGGGGGGUGUUCCUGUUGUCCGACUACAGGAUCACGGGAAACACGGUGCUGUGCUACUGCUGUGGCCUGCGCACCUUCCGGGAGCUGGCCUACCAGUAUCGGCAGAACAUUCCCGCCUCCGAGCUGCCAGUGGCUGUAACAUCCCGUCCUGAUUGUUAUUGGGGUCGCAACUGCCGAACUCAGGUGAAAGCACACCAUGCCAUGAAAUUCAAUCAUAUCUGUGAACAGACACGGUUCAAGAACUAA